AAAUUCGCAAAUUACAAAUUCUUCAUUCAUCCUUUCUUUUCAUUUCACUGUGACGCUGCAGCUAAGUUUUAGCAAAACAACCAUGGCGGCGGCGGCGACAGCGACGGGGCUGAGUAAGAAAAGUUUCCUACCAGCAUUAAGUAAACCAACUCUUCCGUCUAAACUCGGUCGCCGGAAUUUCAGUUUCGGUCUUAAAAAGCAUUCGCCGGUUAUAACUACGGCAAAUACUGCGGCGAGUAGUAGUGGAAGUGGUAGCACUGAUAAUGGCGCUGUUUCCGUGACACGUAUGGCUCCGCCACUUCCUCCGUCGCCUUCUACCUCUCGGGUAAAAUGUCACACCAUUUCAGUAUUUGUUGGGGAUGAAAGUGGUAUAAUAAACAGAAUUGCUGGAGUUUUUGCUAGAAGGGGUUACAAUAUUGAGUCACUUGCUGUUGGUUUGAACAAGGAUAAAGCUCUCUUUACCAUAGUUGUCUCUGGAACUGAGAAGGUCUUGCAACAAGUUGUAGAGCAGCUCAACAAGCUUGUUAAUGUCUUGAAGGUAGAGGAUCUGUCAAGAGAACCACAAGUAGAACGAGAAUUGAUGCUCAUAAAGCUGAAUGCAGAUGCAAGCACAAAAGCUGAAAUCAUGUGGUUGGUGGACAUCUUCAGAGGAAAAAUUGUGGAUAUAUCAGAGCACUUUUUGACCAUCGAGGUAACUGGUGAUCCAGGGAAAAUGGCUGCCGUUUUGAGAAAUUUAAGCAAGUUUGGGAUCAAAGAACUAGCCCGAACUGGAAAGGUACAUUUUCAUGUUUGAUAUAUUCUA